CGGCCACGGCACGCGGAGAUGUUGGACGCUGGACUGCCGGGGCACUUCGUCACCCAGACUGAGUGGGUGCUAUUCCCGGCACAGAGUGAAGAUAAAGGAUCCCCGUAGGCCCGCAGACGAAAGCAGCCAGCCCCCUUCAUACGCGACUCUAUCCCUGAACUCGAGUCCGACUCAGAGUUGAUUUUAAUCGUCGUGCGUGACAAUAAAUGUCUGAACCACUGUGCAUAGACUGCAUCAGCGGUGUCCGCCACGAGGGUGUCCCCGAAGGAAAAAUCGAGCAGAUCGGUGGAGUUGAAUCCUAUGUCGCUACGCCCACCGGCGAGUACGCGAAAGAGAAGGUCGUCCUCUUCCUCCCAGAUGUCUUCGGUCUCGCGCUCAUCAACAACAGACUCCUCGUUGAUGACAUUGCGCGAAAUGGCUUUUGGUGCGUCAUGCCGGAUUACUUCGAAGGAGAUUCGAUUCCGGAGGACGCUAUGAACCCCGAAAACCGCGACAAGUUCGACCGCGUCGGUUGGUUCUCGCGCCACGGCGACAAUGCCUGGAAGCCAAUCGUCGAUAAGGUCGUCGCUGCUCUGAAGGAACAAGGUGUUACGCGCUUCGGGACGACUGGCUACUGCUACGGUGCUCCCGCGGCGUUCUACCUCGCGUGGAGCAACACGAGCCAUGUCACAGUCGUGUCGCACCCGAGUCGGCUUCAAGUACCUGGCGAUCUCGAGAAAUACCGUGCAGAGUCGAAGGCCCCUCUGCUAAUCAACGGUUGCGAGGUAGACUCUCAAUUCCCGCCCGAGUCUCAAAAGAUCGCAGAUGAAGUCUUUGGCGAUGGAAAGUUUGUGCCGGGCUACGAACGGACAUACUGGGAUGGAUGCACCCAUGGCUUCGCCGUUCGUGGUGACAUGAGUAACCCGAAGGUGAAGGCGGGAAAAGAAGGAUCCUUUGAGGCGACGAUCAAAUUUUACAAGAAACAUCUCUGAGUCU